AAGGUGUGUCUAGGGGGAGCUGGUUCCCCUUGAGACCAUGCGGUGUGGAGGACGGUGACCUACCCGAGGCCACACAGCCAGGGUCUGUCUGGUGCCCAGCUUCCUCCUGGCACCACUAGGCUGCCUUUUCUUGAUGCUAUUUUGGGAGAGUGAGUUCAGAGCUCUGGUCCCAGACCCCCAUGUAGAGCUCAAAGACCACCAGGGCUCUGGGGUUCAGCCAGGUGGUGUCUUUCAGAUGAGCCCAGCCGACAGGUCAUCCUGGAGGCUCUUGCGGACUUUGAACGCUCCACGUGCAUCAGGUUUGUCGCCUACCAGGGCCAGAGAGACUUCAUUUCCAUCAUCCCCAUGUAUGGGUGCUUCUCGAGUGUGGGGCGCAGUGGAGGGAUGCAGGUGGUCUCCCUGGCACCCACCUGUCUUCAGAAGGGCCGGGGCAUUGUUCUUCACGAGCUCAUGCAUGUGCUGGGCUUCUGGCACGAGCACGCGCGGGCCGACCGGGACCGCUAUAUCCGUGUCAACUGGAACGAGAUCCUCCCAGGAUUUGAAAUCAACUUCAUCAAGUCUCGGAGCAGCAACAUGCUGACGCCCUAUGACUACUCCUCUGUGAUGCACUACGGGAGGCUCGCCUUCAGCCGGCGCGGGCUGCCCACCAUCACACCGCUUUGGGCUCCCAGCAUCCACAUCGGCCAGCGAUGGAACCUGAGUGCUUCGGACAUCACCCGGGUCCUCAAACUCUACGGCUGCAGCCCAAGUGGCCCCAGGCCUCGUGUGAGAGGGUCUCAAGCCCACAGCACUGGUAGGAGCCCCGCUCUGGCCUCCCCAUCCCUGCAGCAGCUUUUGGAGGCACUGUCAGCGGAAUCCAGGAGCCCUGACCCCAGUGGUUCCAGUGCGGGAGGCCAGCCUGUUCUUGUGGGGCCUGGGGAGACCCCACGUGGGUGGGAGUCCCCUGUCCUGAAAAAGCUCAGUGCGGAGGCCUCGGCAAGGCAGCCUCAGACCCUGGCUUCCUCCCCAAGGUCAAGGCCUGGAGCAGGUGCCCCUGGUAUUGCUCAGGAGCAGUCCUGGCUGGCCAGAGCAUCCACUGAGCCCACAGCCCCAUCUUCAGAAGCGGGAAUCCAGCCAGUCUCUAUCCAGGGAAGCCCAGCUCUGCCAGGGGGCUGUGUACCUGGAAAUCAUUUCUAGGGGAGGUCCAAAUAUUAAGCCUGUGGCUUCUGUCCCCAGGUAGGGAGGGCAUCCUCUGCUCAGUGAAACUGAGUUGUCUACCCUUGGAUCCUAUGGGCCACCCCGUUUUCCAGCCCCAACCUACCACCCAUCUCAGAGGGCCGGGCCUCUUCCCGUCUCUCUGCGGUGUUCCCCUAAGGGCUCCCCUGGGGCCAGGGGUUCUUCUAGCUCUGCCAUAGGGGAAGGCAGGCCUGGUUCUACCUGCUCUUGACUUUUGCCCCAGCCCUGGAAGAUGCUGGGAAUGGGAGGUGACAUUCUCCAGGGAUGGGUCCCUGGAAGGGGUGGGGAAGAAGUAGGUUCCAGUCAUGCAGAACCCUGGAAUCCCCCCUGUGCCUGAGGCCCUACCCCCCAGCAUAGAAUAAUGGUGUCCCUACCUCUCCCUCGGGGUAACCCUGUGGCUGGGACCCUGGGAACAGCCUCCCAUCCCCCCCAAUAUGCCCAAGUAUGGGGGAUGUUCUGCCGUGGUGUGGCCUUCAGCCCUUCUCUCCAGGAGGCUUUGAGAGCCCAACUCAAUCCCCUGCAGAGCAGGAAGGUGCUGGGCCAAGGGCUGCCACCAUUGGGGAGAAGAGAAAGAUGUAGGGCCUCCCCAGAUUGCACAAUGGGAACCCCAGCUGGCCUCUGAACAGAGGACUCGGUCGUCUCUACCCCAGAACGCUAUUCCCUGGAGCUCAGCCAGGCGCAGCCUUGGAAGGAGAAAGGGCUGGGGUUAGCUGGCCUGGCCUCCUCCAGGCAGGCCCCACUUCUCCUCUGCCCCAGCUCCUGGCCUGGCCUCCUCCAGGCAGGCCCCACUUCUCUGCCCCAGCUCCUGGCUUUCCCUGUGAGGUUUGUCCCAGGCAUGAAGAAAGCAUCCAGGGUGCCAGUGAGUGGGCCUGGGCCAGAGGCCCCUCAGACCCCAAGGGUACUGUUUUGGUGGCCUUUCAGAGGGUCAAGGAAGGCCUGCUUGGGGUGGAAGGGGGUAGGAGGUAUAUGUUCGGGGAGGGAAUAAAGUGGAGUGUGCUGUGGUGACCUUCCUGCCUCCUGUGUGCCUUGAACGCCCCUUGCUCUCUGGGGCCCCAGGUGGUUCUCCCACCUUUUAGGGAAGACAAAGACUUCAGUGAGUGCUCCAGGGGUCCUGGCCAGGAAACAGCAGGGCACGGCUGAAGCUCGAAGUUUCCAAGUUGCUGUUUGCCAGCCUUCUGGAGGGUCAAUGCUGGGGCCACACUGGGGACACUGGCCUCUGCCUUCAGUCGGCCUUGGGUUUCAGUCGUGAGUCACGAAUUCUGAGAUGAACAGCAGCCCAGUCCUGGGCAUUAGCACAAGGGAAGGACUGCAGGGAGGUGCUGUUCCUCCUCUUGCUCCUGGCUGGGGGACUGCGGUCUGCAUGAGAAUAGAGCGGAUAGGGACUCUGGCCAUGCCCCUAGGAGUAGGGGACAGCCCUGCUGGGAGGCUCCCAGGCAGAGAUCUUGAGGCAGCCCUAGGACAGAGGCAGUACAUGCAAUGCCCCAUUUAUCAAGGACAGAGGCUGGCACUCCUCUGCCAGAGAUGGAUGGACCUCACCCCUCCCCUACAAAGCUGGCUGACCAAAAAAUAAAUUUGCAGUUUUGCUCCCAGCCUUGCCUACUCGCUGGUCCUUUAAUACUCGCCCUAGUGAGCCUGGAAAGCAACUCAGUUUCCUAGAAAGCAAAUCAGUUGGUGCCGAAACCCCGGAGGAGACCCCUCCUCAGGCCUCUAAGGAUCGAGGAACCUCCUCCUGCUGCCACACCACAGACGGACCA